UGAGAAAUAACAGCAGCAGUGAGAUCUGUUUAAUGUUUAUUAUUUCAGCCAGAUGACAUUUUCUGUUGAAAUGAGGGCCUGUGGAUAAAGAUUUACAACAGCUGGGGAAGAUGACGCAGAACAUGUUUCAAGAGGGGCUGUACCAUGUGUUUUUUAAAGAGACACCCCCAACCCGCCCACAGACUCAGGUUACAAAUCACGGGGAGCUCAUAAAUGGCAGAAUUCAUCGUUGGUUUGGGACUGUCGUUAACACCAGACUUUUAGUCACUGGGGUGGUGCAGAUCCUGAGUGCUCUUGCUUGCAUAUUAGCCACAGUCACCCAUGCAUGUGUGAGCUAUAACUGCUCCAUCUCCAUGACCACACCAGUGUGGUCAAGCCUAUUUUAUGUGGCUGCUGGGUGUCUGGCAAUGGAGGUUCAGAGGAAAGCUAAUAAAAUCAAGAUCAUUGCACUGAUGGGUCUGAACCUCUUUAGUCUGCUGUUUGGCUUCUCUGCUCUCCUGGCCAACAGCCUCAGGUCAACACACCCUGUCACACUCAAUACAAGCCAACAGCGUGUUGGCUCAUAUGUUGCAAAGGGGAGCUCCAUAGCAUUUACUGUACAGUGUUUUCUGGCGUCACUCUACAUACUUUUCCUGGCAUUGAGAGGCCUGCGUCGCUACAGUGCUCCACAUACCCAGAGCUACAGCCGCGUCUCACAGAAUCCAGAUGAAAUGAGCGGGCCUCUACUGGAACAAGAGGAAUUCAGUCUGUGAAACACUCCUGCUUGCACUGCAUUUUUUUCCUUUAAAACCUCAGUUACGGUUAUUGGUCAUUGUCUGUAUGGUUCGAACUGUUUGUGCAAUACAGAUUGAGGAAACUGUUUUAGAUAUUGUGAAAUUCUAUCAUGUCACCUGACCGAUGACUCAGUAUCACUUCUCCUUUUAGUUAGUUAAAACCUACAGGAAUAAAACACACAUGAACAUGAACAAGCAAUGGUGUUUAUAACACACAGACUUUUGACACUAAAUUAAACAAAAUAUAUGCAUGUUUUCACAGUUGAGCAAUCACAUUAUCUUUGUUAAAAGUCUAUGCUCAACACUAGAGGGCAGCAUUGCCAAUCUUUUGUCAUGUUGCACAGGCUGAUCCUCAAAUUAACUUGGUGUAAAAAUAGAUGAUGAAAUUGUUUCACAUGAAUUGUCAAAUUUAGAAAUUAGAAUAAGCUACAGUCAUUGGCUGUCUGCACAGUUAAGACUUGCUGCAGAUCAGGACAGUGAGAUUUUAAAGAAAAGACUACGGCACACUGAGCUGCAGUGAUUUAACUGCACCAUUUCGACCACAACGGGUCAUUCUCAAAGGAAUUCAUUGUUUUAUCAAUGCGUGUAAAUAAAUGUUCUGUUUUAAUAAGCUUAAAACAAGCUUAAUUUUCCAGCUCAUCUUAAUUUCCACAUUCACCUUCACCCUUAU